UUCCUGGUCUAUAGAAUCUCCUUCAACCCCUAUCCUCUAAAAGAAAUCUAGGAUGAAGCAAUGCCUGUUCGAGUACUGGUAUGGUGGAGCAGCUGGUACUGCAGUGCCGGUACGUUUCUUGGUAGUUUUGGGCGAUGGCUUCCAGCCCAGGACCCACUUGAAAAACGUCAAUCGUCACAAUCAUAUCCAAAUGUUGCACGAUCGAAGAGGCUAGGACUCGAGUGGAUGGAGUGGAGAGCAAUGAUUGAACUGAAGAUGAGCAUAGCACCACGACACUAGUGCCCUAGUCGCACCACCAAUGCAGAGUCAAGUGCAUUCGCUCCUUCCGCCGCGCGGACAGGUGGUCUUGCCACAGUUGCAAACGUAAGAAUGAUGACGAGUCCUGGCGUUUCGUGUUCAAACAUCCCAGUAUAUUUUUGACAUUGUCGUGAGGUGCGCUGCAAGUAGUUACCUACUGGCGUGGAGGUGUAGUCUUCCCGGGCGAACGCUGCCAUUCCAGUAAUUGUUAUUGUAACGAGUAACGUAUUGCCUGCACUGAGUAUUGUCCUGUCGGCGGCGAUAUCGACUCCUGGUCCUGUUUAGUUGAUCCGAGCUAUCGGAGCACGGAAGGAAACUAUAGAGCCAGCAGUUUAUGUGAAGUAUAGGUGUUCUGGUGCGUGAAGUUGUCAACAACGGUGGUUCGGAGAUGGACCUCGCUGUGGCGCUAGCCAGUCAAAACACAUCGGACGAUACGACAAAGCCAAGAGAGGAUGCGGAUGACUUGCCCCUAGGCGGGCAGUCUACUGUGGAAACGACCAGCGAGGAGUUGCGCAAUCACUCGCCAGCCAAGCUGACGGAGAAGGGUGCGCCCACGGCAAGUUCCUCCACUGCAUCGUCCCAGGGUAUACCCACAGACAUCUCGAGUCCAGAAGAACCCGCUCAAUCUGCGCCGACGACAGACAGUGCUGUGAAGAAGACGAUUCGCGGAAGCGACUCAGGCCAUGAUUCAGACGCCUCUAGUAGUGAUGCGGCAAGAGCCAGCCCUCAGUCUAGUUCGUCUACGGAGACAGACACUGUGGAAGAAAGCGAGGCUGUGCGGGACAACCCGUUUGAUCCCCAGCCGAAUGCUGACACCAAUGACUCCCAAGGUGGAGCGGUGGCGGCUGCAGCAGCAGCACCAGAAAACCCUGUAGCAGAGCCAGACGACGUCACGGAUGAUAAAGCGGAGCCGGCAGAGUGGAUCGUCCCCGACGACCCGCUGAAGCACUACGGCAGCAAAGCCAUUGUUCUCAUGGCGGUACGCGGAGCGCCGGGAAAUCGAAAGUGUGCCGACUGCGGACGGCUAGAUCCGGACUGGGCAGAUCUCAACUUCGGAGUUCUCCUCUGUAUUGACUGCUGCGGUGCACAUCGGGCCUUGAACAAGCUUGUGCCUGUAGUGCGCAGCUUGUCCAUAGAUUCACAAUGGACGGAGGACCAGUUCAAGCUUCUGCUCAGAGGAAAUAAGAAUGCCAACGGCUGCCUGGAAAAGCGUCGUCCACAGGCGUAUCCGAAACCACUCUCUGAUGAUGCUACUAUUCUGCGACUACAAUACAUACUGGCCAAGUAUGAUAACCAAGAGUUUACUGGUCAGCCUUUGAAGGAGCCAACUUACGGGCAAAACGAGAUGUUGGCCAAGUUCCUCAAGCGACACCGUUAUCGGGAUGACUGGGCACAACGUGACUUCUACCUAUCAGUGGCCGAGGGCAAGAUUUGCUAUGGCCUCCCCGCCAAUCAAUAUGGUUCUCCAUGCCGUCCUACCGGCAAGAACCUCAAGGGCACCAUCCCGAUCUUGAGCACGCAUGCUGAGAUCGUUAGCGCCCAGGCACUCGAGCUGGAGAACACAGAGUCCAUUCUGAUGCUCAUGUUUCCAGAAGAAGGGGCUGACAGCCCUCGCUCGCCACGCUCACCCAAGGCACGGCGCAAGGCGGACUGGGUCAAUAUCGGCAACAAGGCACCCAAGGUGCGCACCGUGUUUGUCAAGCGAAGCGGUGGUGCUGUACAGCCCAUUGUGGAGUGGAUGGUUGCAAUAAAACGCAUCCAGAUACUGAGCAGCCCAGCUGCACCACUUGGCCCCAUCCUGACAAUGGGCUGGAUGAUGAAGAAGGGUCAGGAGCCAUCCUCCUCUUGGAAGAAGCGUUGGUUCAUAUUGGACGACAUGGAGUUACGUUACUAUGUAGGACCAAUGGAGGGAUUGUCCAGUGGCUCCAUUCCCCUCGGACCAUCGAAGGACGGUUUCAAGGUGUGGUCGUCCGUUGCUGACAGCAUGGACUGCAAUGAGUUCACUAUCCGCGUUCCGGGGAGCUCACGGGACUUCUGGCUAGCAGCUUACACUCACACCGACUUCCAGGUGUGGAUCAGUCUAAUCAAGAAGAUCAUAGAUGGUAUUCCUGAGCCAGAAGCAAAGAAAUGAGCCUUGCCUCGUUCAUAUUGUGAACCAGUGUAAGCCGGCUUAAUGCUGUCUCAAGCCACGCCGGGUUUCCAACCCCGAUUACCAAUAAUUGGAAGUAAACAGUUUCGUUCAAUAAUCUCUGUGAUCACACGAGGACAUUUUGGUAGAUCAUGUGACCUAGAUGUCAUGUAAUGAUCUGUCUUUGUACUGACUCUGUACCGGUCUGUAGCUAAUGUGAUAAUGUUCCGUGCUCGACAUAUUGAAUGUAUGCCAUUGAGCAUCGGACGGUAUGGCUUUGUAAGCGAUGUUUAUUUGUUGUCAAAAAAAUGUACUUGUACAUAUCAUGCGAGGCAGCAUAUAGCCAAGCCCAUUCUGUCCAGUGGUGUGUUAUUAUAGAGCAGGUUACAGCUUAGUUGAUUUAGUCAUCACUUAGCGAAGUACAGGAGCAUGCAUGCAUAGCACGUGUAUGUGCUUACCAGUCGUCCCACAAGUGCCCAAGCGCAAGGAAGUGCGUAACCGUUCAUGCUGUACAUUUGAUAUGUGGAAAGAGCAUCAUCACUCUCUCCAUCUCUCUCUCACUCUCUCUUCUCUGUCUUCUCUCUGUCUCUCUCUCUCUCUCUCUCUCUCUCUCUCUCUCUCUCUCUCUCUCUCUCUCACACACACACACACACACACACACACACACACACACACACACACACACACACACACACACACACACACACACACACACACACACACACAAGCACAUUCAAAACCAUAAACAAGUUCAAUGAUGCCCCUAUCUUCGGCCAUAGAACAUCUGACGUAGAGAUCUUGUCCUCAUUUUAUAGACACACUAGAUUAAAACUGGUUAUUAUAAAGCACACAUUGUCUCUCCAUACUCUUUCUCUCUCUCUAUUUUCUCUCGCAAUAUCCAUGAUAAUAUUAUUCACUUAACGCUGACCGCAUGUACAUGUAUGAUUAUACACCAGCUGCUGUCGAUUUUUUCUCCUUUUCUUUUUGCUCAUGUCAACUUCACUUGAGACCUAGUGCACUACUUCGAAAUAGUAAUAUUAUUACUUCAAGUAUCCAUGUAGCCCCUGACACUUUAGGUGUAUUGAGGCGCAAAUUAUGUACUUGUCAUCUGUAACUCUGUUCCUCGCAAUUUUGUACUGUCUUCCACGCGGUGAUGUCUUUGGCUAUGUUUGAAUGUUGUUUAUUUACAUUCCUACUUCAAAGUGAAGUAUUCUGUGGCACUCUGCUGAGUAGUUUGCAGAAGUUGUCUCCAAUGUCUGUGGUAAUUUGAGAGUUCUGUUUCUGGUGCCAA